AUGGGCGGCACGAUUGCGGAGGCUGGGCCUUCCGAAGAGGUCAAGCCGGAAGUGGAGGGGGAGGAGGAGAUAGAGGUCGAGGUGCCCAGUGAGAAGAAUGCCGAUUUAAUAAUGGGCACCAACAAGAGCAGCAUCGUCUCAAAGAGAAGCGUGGAGUUGUUGUAUCUUCCGAAACCGCAUUUUCAUCGUUACUUUGUGAAGAAGCCAUUACGGCGGGCACCGACCAUUAACCGCGGAUACUGGCUUCGCAUGCGAGCUAUUGAUUGGGUUGUGCGCAAGUUCCUGGAGAGGCCGACUGAGAAGCCCAAGGUAAUAAUCAACCUGGGAUGUGGCUACGACCCGCUACCGUUCCAAUGGCUGUCUACAGAGCCCGAACUCUGUACAAACACUAAGUUCAUCGACAUCGAUUAUGAGAAACUGAUGGAGUCUAAGCGAAAGAUCGUGCUUGAAGCCUCGGAUCUGGCCAAGCUCUUCCGGCCAAACCAUGCAUCGCCUCCCAACGACGGUGUGCUGCUUGACAGUGACAAGUACUACAUCCUCGGCUGCGACUUACGCAACCCAAAGAAGAUCGGAAGGAUCAUCAAGUCGCUCGUCGACAUUCAAAACUGCAUCGUGCUCUGCGUAGCUGAGGUCUCCAUUACCUAUAUGGCUCCGGACGACUCGGAUGCUGUCUUGGCCUGGUCAAGUACCCUUUCGCCUGAUGUUACCUUUUGCUUGCUGGAGCAAAGGUCGCCGGAUCGCGCUGACAAUGCUUUCACCGCCACCAUGAUGAAACAUUUCGAAAAGCUCAACACCCCUCUGCGGUCACUCCUCAAAUAUCCUGGCACUCAUGCUCAAACACAACGCUUCAAUACUGCAGGUUUCCCAUACGUAGAAUGCCAGAGCUUAUGGGACUUGUGGGCAGACCCUCGAUUCUUAUCCCCUUCACAACGAAUGGCUCUAGACCACGUUGAACCUUUCGACGAGUGGGAGGAAUUUGCACUGUUUGCAUCGCAUUAUGGCUUGACAGUCGCACAGACUAUCGACGAGCCACUCAUCGAUCCGCUCCCACGGGACUUCAAACGACGCGACUCGGAGGGCAGCAAUCUUUCCGACUUCUCUACUCGGACGGUCUCGCCGUACCGGGAGCAAGCAGAAUGGUUCGCGUACACCUACUCGGAGAACCCUGGGAAUGACGGCAAGACUCAUCACGGUUCUGCUUACCAAGUCCCAUUCCAGAAUGCCGUCGCUGUGCAUGGCGGUCAAGGACCUGCAGGUAGAUUGGCUUCAACAACGGUCUAUGGGCCUCCGGAUGAUACAAAUAUUCAUCCAGCGAUAGCUCCGGACGACAUCGGUGGCCGCUGCUGCCACACUCUCACAACACUUCAGAAUGGGCAGAACAUGCUAAUCGGUGGUCGCGGGAGCCCUUCUUCGCCGUACAAGGAUUGUUGGCUACAGACUGAGAACAAGUGGCAGCGAGUGCAAGACCUGCCGGAGCCACGUUACCGGCACAGAGCCGUCAGCAUUAUGUUUCCCGACAACAACCACGGCGUAGCAAUAUUCGGAGGAAAGACCUCGCCCACUGCAGUUGCCUCGGAUCACCUGCUGUGGCACCCUCGCACUGGGUGGCGGAAACUCAGAUCACUACAUCAGGAUCCCAUGCCUCGCUUUGGCGCCACCUUCGUCCGACUCGGCUUCAAUCACGGCUUGAUGUUUGGUGGGAUGCGCCAAGACGGUAUAAUCUGUCAAGGCUUGUGGCGGUGGAGGUUGAUCGUACGCGACAGUAUCAUCGUUGGUAUCAAAUUCAAGACGUCUACCGCCCUCGACACAUCCGCUGGCAUAUACCCCUGGCUUGGACGGUUGGGCGCUUCCUACUCGGUCAUCCGAAGUGAGCUGCUUAUUAUUGGCGGAAUCUCAAAGCCCGGAUGCAUACCUCGAGAGUACGAGAUCUUGUCAGUGAUGGGCAGCUUCUCCGCCUUCAGCGACUACGAAAGGGAAAUGGAGCUACGCACGAUUUGUGUGCUACCCAAGAUCCCGCGAGGCACCCCUCGGCCAUUUCUCAUUGGCCAUAGCACACAUCGUACGCAGGGCGAGACAACUCUGAUCGCAGGAGGCGGCUGUACUUGCUUCAGUUUUGGCUCCUACUUCAACAAUGGAUGCUUCCUCUUGCAUGAUCAUGAGCAAGGUGUUCUGAGCGCUUUCAAGCUACUCAAGCCUACGCCACCAACUCCUCAGCUAUUACCAGAACCUCCCCUCACAAACGGCGAGGCUCCUCCUAGACCAGUACAUGUUAGCGCAACAGUAUUGCAGACGGAAGCAGAGUUUCUCACCCUACUGCGGAACUCUGUGCCCAAGAUCAUCAAUCACACAGAUAUGGGACCGUGCACGAGUCUUUGGGCACCGAACUACUUGAAGUCGAAGACAUCAUCCAGCCGCAAAGUGGUAAUCCACUCGGCCCCUACGCCAACGAUGAACUUCCAACGCAAGGAAGCAUUCAGCUACACUACACUGCCUUUCCACCUGUUUCUUGACAUCCUCAACAGUGCGAGCAAGAAGCCGUCGCCUGACAUACAACCACAUAUGUACAUGCGCGCCAUCUCAUCUACCUCCCCAAACUCGAAACCUGCGAUACUGUCUAGUGACUGGCCCGAGCUAGCUGCGGACUUCCGUCUUCCUACGCAGCUGAGUCUCAUAGCCCAGAACCUGCACUCAUCACCACUAAGAAUCAGCAUGAAUGUGUCCAUGUGGCUUCACUACGACGUCAUGGCCAAUGUCCUCUUCCACGUAUCGGCGUACCCGAGACCUACUCCCAAACACCUCAUCCUCUUCCCACCAGAGGAUCUCAAACACCUAUCCUUUCCACCCGGUUCCACAACAUCCACACUCGAGCUACUCUCCGACACAGCAUCCCCGCCCAACACUCCCGGACCAACGAGCCCCGGCUCACCCCAGACCCCCAGACCACCACCAGACCCAUUCGGCAGUCCCGCAUAUCCGCCGGGCACACAUCCACACCUCGUCACGCUCCCUCCCGGCACCGCCCUCCUCAUCCCCCCUCUUUGGGCACACUGCGCCGUGCCCUCCCCUCCCGGCAUCAUCAACACCUCAGUAAACGUCUUUUUCUACUCGUUACCACGACCACUAUACGCCGCGGGCCGCGACGUCUACGGCAACCGCGACCUAGCCGCGUACGAGGAAGGCAGGCGAGAUAUAGAGAAGAUGGUCCGGCGCUUCAAGACCGUGCCGGCCCCGAAAACAAAGCCGAAAAGACCAUCUGCGGCGGCGGCAGCAGCAGCAGCAGAACCGGCAAUAUUGCCGGCAGAAGAAAAAGAAGGAAUGAAUGGCUCUGCGGCGAGGGGGGUCGGCCUGGAUUCGAUACCCAAAGAUGUUGCCAAGGCGUACCUAGAGCGGCUUGCGGCCGAGAUACUAGAGAGAGCGGCGGCUUUGUGA